GCAUUCUGCACUUAUGUAUAAUAAGGCAGUACCCUAAAUUUAUGUAGUAUAAUAAUUAGAUAGGGUUAAAUUUGUAUUUUAUUUUUUUUUGAUAUUAUUAUUGAAUUACGCCAAACAACUGAUAAAAUUAUUGAAAUAUCAAUUUUUAAUAUGAACAGUGUUUUUGAAAAGUUUUUAUAAAUUGAACUAAGAAAUAGUUAAAUAGUGCUGUUGAUUAUAUUAUUAACAGUAUUUUAAAAUACUAGAUUUGUGUCAAGGGAUAUGCAAUGCUUUUAAAGUAUUUGUUGUUUAUUUUUGGAUUGUCACAAUGCAGUCUCAAUCAGAAAAUCGUCUACGGUUUCACUUACGAUGUGGUACAUUGGUAAAGUUAUCCCUUAACAAUAGAUCAGCUAAACGUCUUAGGGCCUAUGAUGAAUUUAAUAAUGGAGUUGUUAUGACUAACCGAAACUUAUUUGAUGAUGAAUUGUUUGAGAUUCGCAUCGACAAACUUGUUGAUAAAUGGAGUGGCAGUGUUGAAGUGGGUGUAACUAUUCAUGAUCCAAGUACCAUACCAAUUCCAUCAACAAUGACUAAUAUGAGAACGGGUACUUCAAUGAUGUCUGGGCGUGGUAUAUUGGCUAAUGGAAAAGGGAUUAGAAGGGAAUAUGGCAAUUUUAAUUUAGAUGAUUUAAAGGUUGGUGACAGAAUCGGUCUUAUGCGUAAAAAAAAUGGUGAUCUUCAUUAUUAUAUUAAUGGUCUUGAUCAAGGCGUAGCUGUUUCAAAUUUACCUUCAAAAGUAUGGGGUGUGGUUGAUAUGUAUGGUAGGACAGUUAAAGUUACUAUAGUUGAUAGAGAUGUCAAUGAAGAAAAAAAUCUAAUCACUAGACUUAGUAACUCUCUGACAUUAUCUAUUGAAAAUUCAACUCUCAAUGAAGACUUAUUAGAAUUUCAUCCUAAUUGCGGUGCUCAUACUUUAGUCAUAAACAAUAAUACUGUAGCUUAUAGACCAAAUGCUUUAGAUGAUUUUAAUAAUGGUGUUGUUUUAACUAAUCGUCCUUUAAAACCUAAUGAGUUGUUUGAAGUACGUUUGGAUCGUUUAGUCACUAAAUGGGCCGGAUCUAUUGAAAUUGGUAUAACAACUCAUCGACCUGGAGAUAUAGAUUAUCCAUUAACUAUGACAAAUGUUCAUUCUGGUACUUGGAUGAUGACUGGUGUUGGAAUUAUGCACAAUGGCAUAACUGUUGUAAAUCAGUAUGGAGUAAAUUUAGAUACCUUACGAGUAGGUGAUCGUGUAGGUGCCAUGGUUAAGUCAAAUAGUUCAUUACAUUUCUAUGUGAAUGGUGUUGAUCAAGGUGAAGCAGCUAAAAAUGUACCGCUUGGAGUAUUUGGUGUUGUUGAUUUAUAUGGACAAGCUGCUCAGAUAACCAUUUGCCGCGAAAAUAAUGGAGAUAAAACUUCACCACAUAAGAAUAAUGUUAGGUUUUUUACCAAUCACGGUAAAAAUGCACGGAUAGUUCCUGGGUCUAGAGGUCGUACUGCUGAUAGAUUGUAUUGUGAUUAUGAAUUCAGCCAGUCAAUUGUUUUAGUAAAUCAGACAUUACAAGAUGGAGAGCUAUUUACUGUCAGUGUAGAUAAAUUAAAUGAUCGAUGGUCAGGAUCUAUCGAAGUUGGUGUUACUACCAUACCUCCUAAUGUUUUGUCUACUGAUUUACCAAAUACAAUGACUGAUUUAGACCACGACACUUGGGUUUUAUCUGGUUGUACAGUUAUGAAAGAUGGAUUAGCAAUCAAAUAUAACUAUGAAUUAGAUUUGGACAAAGUUAAAGUUGGCUCUGUUGUUGGUGUUAUGAGACAUAACAAUGGAAAUUUACAUUACUUUUUGGACAAUGUUGAUCAAGGAAUAGCUUGUACAAAUGUACCAUCACACUUGUAUCCAGUAAUUGAUAUUUAUGGACGCUGUACUCAAGUAACAAUCCAGAGUCCACCUGAAGUUAAAUGUUAUGAAAGUGAAUCAGAUAUAAGUUGUUGUUCACAAGAUGGAACAAUAUCUGAACAAACUGAAACUGGAAUUCAAGGGCAAAAAGAUAUAAACCUUUCUGGAUAUCUUUUCGGAGAAAACAUUAAGUUAUCAGAUGAUUGUAGAAUAGCAACUCGAAUAAGUUCAUUCAAGGGAGGUCUCAUAAUAUCAGAUAAAAAAUUAAUUCCAAAUGAAUUAUUUCAAAUAUUAAUUGUAAAAUGUGAUAAAAAAUAUGCAGGAAGUUUACGUAUUGGUGUUAUAAAUUCUUCUCUGGAAGGUGCUUUACCACUUGAUAUAAAAGAAAUAAAUAAUAAGGAAGUUUGGUAUUUUUUAGGUAAUCAAGUGUGGUAUAACCAAUCAUUAGUAAAAACAAAUUACUGUCCUAGUUUAAAUAGAUUAAAAGAAGGAGAUAGAGUGGGAAUCAAGUAUACAAGUGAUCGAUCAUUACAUUUAUAUGUUAAUGGUUGCGAUCAAGGAGUUGCUACAUAUAAUAUACCAGAUUCAGUUUAUGCUAUAUUUGAUCUUUAUGGUUGCCAUAUCUCUGCUAAAGUCAUUUAUGUUGAUCAAGAUAAUAAAAAUAAUUUGCAAAUGGUUUCUUCACAAUGUAGUGAAAAUUUAUCAGAUAUUUCUGAAUCUGUUAAAGUAGACACUACUAUUAAUGUUUUGAAAAGAAUGACUGUUCUUGAUGAAGAUAUGAGUGAGUGUUGUUCAUCUGAAAUAAGUUAUUUUAUUGAUGAAUCAACAUAUAAGUUAAUGAGAUUUAAUGAAUGGCAUGGUAAAAAUGUUCGUUUAUCAAGGGACGGAAGAACUGCUACUAGAACUGAUAGUUAUAAUUUUGGUUUAACUAUGACAUCUGAUAUUUUAAUACCAAAUACCAUAUUCCAGGUUGAAAUACAAUCUUUAAACAAAAAGUGGGAAUCAUCUCUUAUGAUUGGAGUAUCUAAAAUUUCUUCCAUUAAUAAUGAUGCACCAGCUACAGCAUUAUUGUUGAGUGAUUACAACAGUACGUGGGUGAUCUCUGGUGAUUCAGUUUACUAUAAUGGUCUCAAAAUGAAAAGUAAUUAUGGGCCAGAUUUAAAUUAUUGUAAUUUAGGUGACAUAGUAGGAAUUAUGAUUGAUAGUAAUAAUUGUCUUAAGUUAUUUUUUAAUCGUAUUGACUAUGGAGUGGCUGCUACUAAUAUACCGAAUGAUUGUUAUUGUGUUAUUGAUUUAUAUGGUCAAUGUGAACAAGUAUCAAUAGUCAACCCUUUUAUUGACAUGUCACCUGUAGAUAUUAUUCCAAAUAUGCCAUUAGAAAAUGAUUUAUUACCUGAUGAUGUUGGGCAACCAGUGCCAUCUGAAGAAAAAGCAGAAUUGGAGGGAGAUGAAAAACAGAGUCCAGCGCAAGAAGAAACUGAUCUAGCUGAUUUAACAUGGAUGAAAACUGAUAAAACUAAUGAAAAUGUUUUGGUGGCUAGUGGUCAUGAUGUUAGAUCUCGAUCAGCCGAGUUAUCUGGAUGGAUUGAUGAAGAAGCAAGUACUUCUUCACUGAAAAGGUCUAAAAUUCGAUCAGGAAAGGCAUCUAAUUAUUAUAAAUUAGAUAUUAAAGAAAGAAAACGUAAUGAAAUUUUGAAAGUAUUACGCUUGAAACAAUGUCAAUAUUUCAACUUAUCAUUGAAAAUCAAGACAUAUUUGAGUAUUCCAGAUGAAUUUUUCUUAGAAUCAGGUCAUACUUGUUAUUGUGAUGGUUGUAAUUUAUACACAUUUGAUGAAAACAAAUUAUCAAUUGAAACUGGUUGGUGUAAGUUCCUUUUAUGUCAACAUCCAAAACAUAAUAAUUUAAUAUUGGAUAAAUGGCAAUCCGCAUAUGUAGGAUGUUCUUAUUCAAUGAUACGUAAUUGUCUAGAUAAUGGAACAUUAAUAUUUAGAGAAACAGAAACUGAAAAUACAGUGCUUUAUCCUUAUCUGAAACGAACAGUUUGUUGUCAAAAUAUAAAACAUUUUGAAUAUUUUGAUUCUGAAACUUGUAAUUAUUACAAAUGUCAUGCAGCGUUUGAAGUUAUGGUUGAACCAGGCUCUUUUGAGAUUGGUGAACUUUUACCAAAUUCUAGUAAAACUGAAUGUCAACAACAGAUCUCAUCAUUAGUCAUUCCAAAAAGUAGUACUAAAACAGUACUACUAUCUCUUUAUUUUAGAUUUGAUAGAGAUAUAAAAUAAACUCAACUUUUAUAUUUAACUUAUUUAAAAACAAAUUCGAUCUCAUUUAUUUUUGUUAAUUUGUUUAUUUUAUUAGAAUUAUAAUGAACAUCAUAAAAUAUAUUUCUUAAU